UGAUCUGAAAAACACAGUAUUGACUGGAAGAAAAAUAAAAGGAAUAGAGAAAAAUCAAGAGAGAGAAGUACAAGACUACAAUACUUGCAAUUUUUCAGGACUGGACAACUAGGGCUCGCCUUUGCUGGCAAAACAGAGGGGUUUUUCUUGUACGCGCUCUCCCUUCACUUCACUUCACCGCUCUCUCGCGGCCUUUUAACUCUCUUCGCGAACGGUGGUCACAAGGAUAUGUCUACUGAUACUGCAAAGCAAAAUGAAGCCAGAGUUGAUUCAAGAGUAUUCGAAUGGAAGAAUGACAUCGGGAAUUCUAAUGAAGCAGGGCUUUAAAGGAUUAAACCAGUUAUCAAUGAAGUAAGCAGCACUACCCUCCUUAUCUUGAAAGAUGUUGCUCUUCCUUUGCUUCCAAACAAGCCAGCAAGUUGCCAAAAGAAUAAGCUUGAUAGUCCCUUUUUGCUUGUUCAUUGGGAACUCAAGCUUUAGAGCUAAUGAGGAUGGUUAUCGCUCCGUAGCAGAAGAAGCAAGGCAUUCUGUUGAUCGGGUGGGAAAUUCAACUGUCAACAGAAAGAGUAAAUUGUACAGUACAAGAUAUUUCAUUAUUAAGAGUUUGAACCAUCAAAAUAUCCAACUAUCAGUUGAGAAAGGGAUUUGGGCUACUCAGGUCAUGAAUGAACCAAUCUUGGAUGAAGCUUUUAAUAAUUCUGGUAAAGUCAUUUUAAUAUUUAGUGUCAACAUGAGCGGUUUCUUCCAAGGCUAUGCCCAAAUGAUGUCUUCUGUUGGGUGGAGGCGAGACAAUCUUUGGAGCCAGGGAAGGGGUAAAAGUAAUCCUUGGGGCCGCAGUUUUAAGGUCAAAUGGCUCCGAUUAAGUGACUUACCUUUUCAGAAGACUCUUCAUCUGAAGAAUCCAUUGAAUGACCACAAACCUGUCAAAAUCAGCAGAGACUGCCAGGAAUUGCAGGAAGAUAUUGGAGAAGCUCUUUGUGAGCUCCUUGAUGAAAAUUACGGAGGCGAUGGAAUGUUGAAUAGCAAUUUUCACAGGGAUGGAUUUCCUUUAAAAAGGCGAUUCACAGACCCACCAUGUUCGUUGAGGGAUGGAGAGUAUAAUGCCUCUCCGGUACAAAUGUCAUGGACCACAACACCCUUGCAGCAUCCUUCUUUUCUCUACCACAAUCAAGCUGAAGCCAACAGAUACCCUUUGGCAAACCCUAAAUCCACUGGUUUACAUAUGCAAUUUUCAUCUGGAAGUCCUCUUGCUAGUACUUUGACUGAGGAUGAUUUUCUUGAAAUGGCUUUCACUAGCAACAUUGGAGAAGCACCUUUGUGGAUAAAUGUAACUCAAUAUUCGUACGAGGAAUACCUAGAAGCACAUAGCAGGAGGGUCAAUCAAUUAUGCCUCCCUGAAACUGGACCGUCAUUGACGAGGCAGGCUGCUUCAAAAAGUAAAAGGCAUGAUGAUGAUAAAAACUCGAGUUUUACGGCUGAUCAGUCCAGGCCACAUGGGACUUCUUCCAGGCCACAUAAGAAGUCUCGUCAUUCAUCCAAUAAAUGCAACUCACCCCUUCGCAAAUGAUCAUAGGAUCGUUGUCUGGUAGACCUUUUCUUUCCUACAAUGCAAUUGGUCAUUGAAGCUAAUUUGUUCAAGUCCUGGGAACUGGGACUCAUGUUGUACACAUGUAUGUACUUUGUGCUACGAUCUGAUUGCACUUGAGGAUUUUACAUAGAUUCUUUCCAACAUGUACAGAAAUUAAAUUGACAAUGUUGCCUGAUGGAUUUCUUCCCCCCUCACCAUAUUGGUCGAGGGAUGCUCAGGCUGGUUAGUAGUAGUAGUAGUAGUAGUGAGUUGGAUCUUGAAACUAUUAUGCUAUUGAUUGGACAUGUAAGAUGUACAUUGUGUCCGCAGUGGGACGCAAAGUUGCUGGCCUCAACUUGAGUUGCUUCAAUCAGAAGCAACUCCUAUGUAAAUUUCUCUUGUGGAUGCAAAAUUUGUUGUCCUUAAAAGCA